CUUCGAGUUAUCUCAAUCUGAGGAGUUUGUUUUUAUUGAACAUGAUAAUUUGACUAAUAGCGAUAAUAAUAAUACACUUAAUAGCUAUAAUCUGGUUAAUAGUGAUAAUAAUAAUGUAGCUGAUAAAU